AUGUCAACAGUUCCACUUAUAAAAUGUCCAACUCAUAAGGAUUACUUUAUAACAAAUAUGUGUUUAUUGAAAUAAUGCACUGAACCAUUAUGUCCUGAAUGUAUUCCUAGACAUAUUAAGGAUCAUGCUGCUAAUGGAUAGAUUCCAUAGAUAGAAAAUAUUUAAAAUGUUAGAUAGGAAUAAAAAGCUAUGGUAUUUGACAUAGUUUAGAAAUUGAAUGAAUAAUUAUUUUUAUUAAGUAGUACAGAUGAAAUGGUGAUUAUGAAUAAUUUGUAUAUGAAAUUAGAAUAAUAAAAAUAAGAAAUUAUAAAAUCAAUAAACAAGAGAUUUGAUGAAUAUAAAUUGGAGUUAUAAUAGAGAUUUAGAGAAAUAAAAGGUACAAAAGAGAGCAAUAAUAAAGAGAAUGUAGAAAUAGUAAAGAUGGUAUUAAAUAAUUAAUAAAAUAUAUAGUAAUUAUAUAAAAUGGAUGGUUUACUAAAUAAAUUUGAAAGUCAGGAAUAUAUUUAAGCAAUAUUAGAAACAUUUUUAAAUGACAUAGGUCCAUAAAUAUAUUAAAAUUUGGAGAAGAGAUGUUAAGAAUAUCAAUAAUAAUUUCCAGAUUUAUUGAUAAAUAAUAAUAUUUAAAAUCUAAUAAUAUAGGAUUUAGAUCAAUAUAUACAGAUUGAUAAUAGAAGUUAGAAAUAAAGAAUAGUAUCAUUAAGAGAGUAGGAAAUAGUAUAAUAAUUAACAGGAGAGAAAGCAAUAUAAGUUUAAAGUUAACAAUAAUAAUUUGAGAUAAAGAAAGAAAAUGUAUCGGAAAUAAAUGGAAAUAAAGAGAGUAAGUAAUUAUUAAGAAAUAAUGUUUAUACAAAAUCAUAUUAGAGUAGUUAAAAUCAAAAUAUUGCAAGAGAGUAGUAUCCUUAAUCUUAAUCAUCUUUUAAACCUUAAUUUGUUCAUAAUACUUCUGAAUUAAUAAAAGUGAUGUAGGAUGAUUAAGUAUAAUAGUUAAGGAUAAUAAGUUAGUAGUAUGAAAACAGUUUAAUAAAGAGUAGUGAAGAGAUAUUAGUAAGUUGUUACGAGGAUUAGAGAAAGAUAUUGAUAUAUAGGAUGCCAAAAUUUAUAUAACCGUUAAAGAAUAUAAAUAUUUAAGAUUUUUAGGAGAUAUAAUUGAUAUUAGAUAAACGUAUUGGGGUUGGACAUAAAUGUAUAGUAUAUGGGAAAGAUAUAUUAAUAAUAGGAGGGAUAGAAAGAGAUGUAGAUAGAAAUGUGAGUGUUUAGUCAGUUUAUAGAGUAAAUUUAAUAUAAAAGACUUUAAAUUUGCAUUCAAAUAUGAUUCAUAGAAGAUAAGGAUUUGGUAUAUGUUUAGUAGAUACAUGUAUUUAUGUAUGUUGUGGAUCGUCAACAGAUUGUGAAGAUAGUAGUAUAAAUACAUUAGAGAGAUUUGAUGGUUAAAGAUGGAGUCCUUUAAGAUCUUGUAUGUAUGCAUGUACAGGAUGUUCAUUAGCAAAUAUUAAUAAUGAAUAUUUAAUAAAAAUAGGUGGAAUUGAUAAACAAUUUAUAAAUAUUCAAACUAUUGAAGUUUAUUCUAUUAGAUAAAAUACUUGGUUUGAUUUAUAGAUAUUUGAUACUUAAGGUAAUUUAUGGAAUGAAAUACCAUUACAUAGUGGAGUUAUAUAAAUUAAUUAGACUGAAUUAUUGAUAUUUGGAGGAUAAAUUGGUGAAGAAUUUAUUGAUAAAUCUUAUGUAAUCACAUUAGAUUUUACAACUACUAGUAUAAGAUCUGGAAUUAUAAGAAGGUAUUAUAUAUAUAUAUAUCUAAAUAUAGAGCAUUUUAAAUACCUACUAUUGGAUAUGUCGAUUAAGUCAAAUUACAUGAAAAUUCAGUUUAUGCAAUCAUCACUGGAGGUGUACAUUUAGCUGGAACUAAAAAAACAGUCAUUAAUUGUAAUAGUGAUAAAUGGAUAUAUAUUAAUAAUAUUAAUGAGUGAU